AUGCGUUUCGCUCUUGUUACCCUUUUAUGCUGUGCUGUUGUCACUGCGCUUACUGGAGAAGAAACUCCAGAGAAGUGGGGUGGGCCAAGGAGUGGAGACAAAAUUUCCUACGGAGGUCAUAAUUUUGAUAAUGGGGAUGGUGGUGAUAUUGGAGACAUUGGGGUUGGGGUUGGGGGUGGAGGCAGUGGGGGUGGUUGCAAUACGGCCGCUUGUGACGCUAAGUGUCGGAAACAAGGUCACCCAUCAGGCUACUGCGACAACGGUAGUGGAUCUCCUAAUUUACCUGGACUUAACCUUGGACAAACGACGCCGUAG